CGAACCAGUUAAUCCUGCCUCAUUCAUGCUGAAAACAGGAAGAGGCGGGACCAGCCUGACGUCACACCGCUAUCAUAUUUGGAAUAGCGGUCAGAAAUAGAAGGGGGCGCUGUUGCAAAUAAUAGUCCUUUGCUUUUCUUUUUUUAAAUCAUCAUGGAUUAUGGUCGUUAUAACAACUGAUCUAUUGUAGGUUAUUUAGUUUUAUUCCUUAUUUUAAUCGUCUCGAAACGACAUGCUUUGAUUCCUGAGCUGAUGAGAAUCAGCUGCUCAUGCCCAGGCAUGAUCCUCCGGGGCGGUAGAGGGCGCUGCGGCUGCUAUUUGGGUUUCCGUGAUAUUCCCUGGUAAGCUGCACGGAGGUCUGUGAGGAUGUUCUCGGUUCUGAAGGAGCGGGUCGGGGAGAUUCUGCUUCCCGGAGAUGAGUUCUGCUGCGGCCCCCAAGACACCCUCCCUCUUACGGACAGCGGGAAGGCAGGACGGCUGGUGGCCGGGCCGGGGCUGCGGCGGAGCGGUGACCGUCUGUUGGUGAGCCGGAGCGGCGUGCUGAGACACAAAGAGCCCAACAAAUUCUGGAUCGAGUCCCAGCAGAGGAGGUAUGUCCCAGCCAAAGGAGAGACGGUGAUUGGCAUUGUCACAACAAAGUCCGGCGACGUUUUCAAAGUGGACAUAGGAGGAAGUGAGUUGGCAUCUCUGUCCUUCCUGGCCUUUGAGGGCGCCACCAAGAGAAAUCGACCCAACGUCCAGGUGGGCGAUCUGCUGCUGGCCCAGUUGGUCGUGGCCAAUAAGGACAUGGAGCCGGAGCUGGUCUGCAUCGACGGGUCGGGCCGAGCCAACGGGGGGCGUGUUAGGAACUGGAGGGCUGCUCAUCAAGGUGUCUCUGGGCCUGGUCCGAAGGCUCCUGGCUCCCCGCAGCGACCUCCGGGCCGACCUGGAGCAGCUGUUCCCCUGCGAGCUGACGGUGGGGAUGAACGGCCGGGUCUGGGUCCGGGCCGGCGCCGUCCAGCAGACUCUGGUUCUGGCCAACCUGCUGCAGAGCUGCGACGCCAUGACGGCGGCGCAGCGCCAGCAGCUGUUCCGGCGCCUCCAGCAGGGGGCGUUCUGAUUGGCUCGGAGCCGCAGGAAGAGCCGACUCUCAUCGUGUUUGGAUCAGAACCGUGUGACUCGUAUCCAUGGCGACAGAGACAAACAUCUGCAGCUGAAGUUCUGCUAGGAACCCAGCUUCGGUCUGAGCUGGUCACACGACCCGGUUCUGGUCACUUGACUCGUUACCAGGGAGACCAGCAGCUGAAAAAGCCCGGGCUGGUUUGUUUUGAAAUAUCUCUAAUAAAUUGAUUUAUUUUUA